AUUUAAUAGUUUGGGUACACUCUUGUGCUAAUAAAUUUUGAUGUGGUAAUGUUGACUUUUGUAUUAGAAACAUUAAAUAAAGCGCAAAAGACAAGCAUUUUGUUAUUCCUUUAAAUUAUCAAAAAUAUUGAAAUAAAAUUUCUUAAUUAUGGAAAACAUUAAUACAGAUGAAUUUAAGGAUAAAAAUGAUGGAAUGCAUUUGAUAGUUGAAACUUCCUAUAGCUUAUCAACUUUGCAAGAAUUUAUGAACCAAACAUGUUUGGCGGAUAAAUGCGAAUUUUUGCAGCAUACCGAAGAUAUAGAAGAGAUUUGCAAAAAAUUCCGUAAUCUGUUAAUAAACCAAGAAUUAAAUCUUGAUGAAAUUACGAAUCUUUUUGUGGCCGCUUCUAUGAUUUAUUUUAUAAAUGCCACUCCGGAAAAUUUCGAAUGGCGCUCUCAUCUUCUGCAGAAGACAUUCCAAUAUGUCGACACUUUGAGUCCAAUGCAUUUGCAUGUGGCCACGAAACGUCUUUGGAAUGCCUUUCAAACAGAAGGAAUCGAAUUUGUCUUCAACAUAUUAACAAUAAGUCAUCACAUAUCGUUGACCAGUGAAACUGGACGUGCUAUAGCUAUAUGUUUGGUUUGGACAUUGAUUUGUGAGAUCACAGAAACAGAAAUACAAAUGUGCUCCUUUCAUAAGUUCAGUGAAUUGAUUAAGAUGUUAGAAGAAUUGGAUGAUGAACUUUUGCAGGAGGAAGAACACAUACGUAUCGUUUUUGUGUUGGUACAGUGUCUUGGUUUUGUAAUCAAUGCUGUGGUGUAUGGGAAAAAUGAUGAUUUAAAAAAGGCCGGUUAUAGCAGCUAUUUUUCCUACACCCAACGUGAGUUGGAAAAGUUAAAAAAAUAUGCCGAACGUUUAACAAGUUUAUUAAAGAUCAACAUUUCGGGAGAUAAUAAUUUCGAAUUGAGAAUGACAAUCACCGAAUAUAUAAAUAUUAAUAUUAUUGGUAUUUUACAAGAGAAGAUAUCUGAAAUGCAAACUAUUUAAGAAAUA